AUGUUGCUAUUCUAUCUAUUAUUGGAACUAUUAUUCCUAGUUACGAAUGUCCUUUCCGAAUGCUCCGAUGUGUCUUUCUCGGCCACUGAGGCUACUAUAGGAAGUUUGAAACGAAUCCAGAGAAUUUCCAUAAGCGGCCAUAUAUCCGCCUACAUCGUUGAGAUUUCCAUCUCGGACAACGAAUUCGACACUGUCUAUCAGAACAAUGGCAAUCCAAUGGUGGUGUACUCCACGUUAUCUCACGUUCCCGCAUGGUCGCAUGUCGAUCUACUAGCGUCGCAAUUACGCAUCAAAAAUGCGUACGGUCUUGAAGAGGCGGACGUCCGGAAUCCGCUGCUGAUGCUUACUGUAUGUGAAGCAGAAUCACCCAUAACCGUUUUCGAUGACAGUUCUUACAUGGUCGAUACGCACAAGGCUGGAUUAGUAUCAAUGUACGAAAACGAGUUGACGGUAGUGUUCCGGUCCUACCGAUCAGGAGUGCUGUUCUUCUCGGUGGCUGAUCAAGGCGAUAUUCUCAUCGCUCAAAUGAUCCACGGCACCGUACACAUUAUGUUUGAUUUCGGAUCACUCUCUCCGUCGCACAUCACUGCCGGCCGAGCGUUGGAUGACGGUAAAUGGCACGAGCUACGAUGGUUGCAUCAGUUCGACUCGGUUCAAUUGGCAAUCGAUGGCAUUGUGCUAAAUCAGACAACUCCAACGGGGCUCUACAGAAAGCUCGAUUUCCACAAUCAUAUUCACAUUGGCGGCAGACCACCGGACGAAUUUUCCGAGGGAAUCGAAACGUCUUUUACCGGAUGUAUGGCACGUUUACAACUGAACUCUGUGGAUCUGCUCAGUUUCGCACCCAGAGAUGGUGGACUAAAGUGCCAAAUGCCCAAGCCACCAUCGUUGACCCUACACGAAAAUUCACGUGCUUUCACUCCAUUUUCCUUCUUGCCGUUUUCGUUCGAAUUCCGGAUUUUGCCCGUACACUCGGUUCUGUUAGACAUGGUCGACGCUGACAACAAAACGCUUCUGCAGACAACCGUAGAAGAUGGAAAGACGUUGCAUCUUGUCAGCAAUGUGACCCGUUUCAAACAAAUUGCUCAUCCUCAGAUCAACGUUGCUGAUGGUGGAUGGCAUAGCUUUUCACUACGAAUUCGAGGGUCUCGACUGGAGGUGGAAAUUGACGGAUAUACGGUAUUGUGGUUGGAAGGUCAAGAAGUGCGUCGCGUGUCUGCGCGCCUCUCCUCUUUGGUGCUCUCUUCGACUGGCUGCUACCGUUCGACGACCAUUGAUUUCGCCAAGGUCUACGUCGAGGGCACAGUGAUUCGCGGCAGAUGUGAAAUGGUGGAUAGAUGUUUACCGUCUCGCUGCGAAAAUGACGGUGUUUGUCUUCAAACAACACUUGCAGACUACAGUUGUACAUGUACUGAAGGACAUUAUGGGAAAAAUUGCCACACAUCAAAUCUUCCACGAUCCUGUGAAGAAUGGUGGAGCUCCAGAAACAAUCGUACUCGGCUCCCAGGAGCCGGAAAAAACGUGACAAUUGAUUUGGACGGUGGAGGACCGAUGAAGCCAAUGACAGUGAUAUGCAAAAUGAUGAAAGAUGACAUGGGCGUCGAUGUGAUCACCACAGUUCUCCAGCACGACCUACGUAGACCGAUUUUCGUCACUGGAAAUAACAAUCCAGGAGUGGUGCGAAAAACGUUGAUGUACGGUGUUAGCACUGAACAAAUGGAUCGACUAGUGGAAGGUUUUGAAUCGUGUUCACAAUAUAUGCGCUUCUCGUGCCGUGGUGGUGCCCGCCUGAUGACGCAAGGUGACGAGCGUUCGCCAUCCUCCUGGUACGCCACGAGGUCUGAAAAACAUGGUCUCCAGUGGGGAGACGCACCGCCGUACAGUCGAAUGUGUUCUUGUGCCACGAAUGGCACAUGCAUCCAUAAUAGAAUGUGCAAUUGCGACUCUGGUGAAGACGCCACUGAUGAGGGUGUGAACCCCUACGCCCAGCUACUCCCAGUCACUGGCCUUUUUCUUGGCGGUACCACGAAAACAUCAUCGAUUGAAGUGGAAAUCGGUCCGUUGAUCUGCAAUCGACGUGUCUCAUUCGAAUCGGUCACCUUCUCCGAUCGCAAUGUUCGUCUGACAGGUGUUCGUUCACUAUCUUCGAGAACAUUCGAUCUUUGGCUGCAAGCAAAAUUUUCUCACUCACAAAUGAGCAUUUUUGCAUGGGAAAGCGUUGACGCACUGCACUGGCUCCAUCUCUAUAUUCAAGAUGGAAAGAUCGUCGGCGAGAUGGUGAAUGGCGGCGAAACAGCUCAAGUAGUGACCGACUCGAUCUACAAUGAUGGUCGAUGGCAUUCGAUCUAUUGGGAAGCGGAUAGCUAUGGAAUGCGACUGAAAGUUGAUGGGAAACUGACUGAGACCAAUGCGACGCUUAUUUUGCCAAAUGCUCAUCAGUGGACCAUUGGUUCCCGAACAGAAAGAGGACUCUCUGGAUUCGCUGGAGUCGUGCGCAGUGUACAUCUAUGUGGUGAGGAGCUGACCCUAAGCACUAUAGCUAGGAAGGACUACGAUAAAGUUUCCACCAAAACUCCACCACAGAAAGUCUGGCGGACACUAUACACCACAAGGAGAAUAUCUCAAAAAAAAAAUGCAGCAGUAAGAUACAUCGAUAAAUACUAUGUCGAGCAAGAAUUCGAAUAUUGUAUGGUUACAACGAGGAGGAUAUGA